AAAGUAUAUACUUAAAAAUGUAAUUUAAUGAAUAUGCUGAUUCUAAUGUAGUGUGUAGUUAAGCACGUCUCGCAAAAAAUCAAUAACUAAGAUUAUGUAGUUAAUAUUGAAAUAAUUUUUAAUAAACAAUGGAAUAGAAGGAAAAGACAUAAAUCUACUUUUAGUCUGAUUGUGAGACAAAUGAAAAUUAUAAAAUAGAUAAAAACAGUUUGUAUAUGAAAAAACUAUUUGCAAAGUAAUAUGGCUUCAGAUACUUCAACUGUUGUUGAACUCUACAUUUAUGAUCUGACACAUGGGGUGGCUUCCUUAUUGGCACCUACUAUCAUUGGCCGCGACGUGGAAGGCAUAUGGCACACAGCCAUCGUGGCGUACGACAGGGAGUUCUUCUACGGGGCCAAUGGCAUCACCAGUUGCACUCCGGGCACCACGCAGCUGGGCCCGCCGCACCGCGUGCAGCGUCUGGGGGAGACCUUUGUGCCAUUCGCAGUGUUCGUAGAAUAUCUGCAGGGACUAGCCGGAUCCACUUAUUUACCGUCGCAGUACAACCUGCUGGAGCACAACUGCAACCACUUCUCGGACGAGGUGGCGGAGUUCCUGUGCGACGCGCGCGUGCCCAAGGACAUCCUGCAGCAGCCCGAGGAGUUGCUGGCGCCGCAGCAGCGCGACGUGCUGCACGCGCUGCUGGCCGACCUGCUGCCGCGCUCCGGGGACGCGCCGCAGAGCCUGUACUCGAGCGGGGCGCGGGCGGCGCGCCAGGACAGCCCCGACUACCUCACGCUCAACAGCCAGAUAGAGCAGGCCAGGAUACAAUCUCAAGAGCUGGAACAACGCCGCAGUACGCUCGCGGAGAAGCUGGCGCGGAAGGAACGGAAGAAGCAGAAGAAGAGGAAGAAACAAAUCCGGGAGAGGGGGGAAGCCGAUGGAGAGGAGAUAGAUUCCGACAUGGCAGAAGCAGUAGAAGUUCCACUAGCUCAUGAAGAAUUGUCUCGCGCUGGACCCAGCUCGGAGGCCCUAGAGCUGGAGGCAGAUGAAAGGAGACAGGAGGAACAACGCAAGAGGGAGAGAGAGCCGCCGAUUGUGUUUAGAGAUAUAGACCCGAUAGCGGAGUUCGAGAAGUUGGCGGACGCUCUGGAAGGCGUGGAGAUGUCAGCCGAGGAGCGGCAGAGCCUGGACGAGCUGCAGCAGUACCUGGUGCAGGGGGAGGGGAGCUGGGUGCUGGGGGACGAUUUCUUGGAGUUCAUGGGCGGGCUGCUGGGGGCGGAGCGCGAGGCGGUGCGCGCGGCGGCGGGCGGGUGCCUGGCGGCGGCGGCGCUGCGGGACGACGUGGCGCUGCUGCUGCACCAGGACCGGCGCCAGCACGCGCUGCUGCAGCACGCGCACCGCAUCGACGCGCUCUCGCUGCCCGACCAGCGCGCCAUCGCCACCUUCCUGUGCAACCUGUUCGAGCACGUGUCGUCCUCGGAGUGGCUGCUGUACAUCAGCGAGUGGGAGGCGGGCGGCCAGCAGCUGUCCAACAUCAGGGUCACCACCAAGGUGUGCGUGCACGCGGUGCUGAGCGAGGACGCGGCGCUGCGCGCGGUGGGCACGGCGCUCAUGCACAACAUCUCCACCAAGGAGCGCUUCAUGGUGGGCAGGGCGCUCCGGGAGCUGCUGCCCAAGCGCGCCAAGUCCAAGGUGUUCGAUGAGGUGUGCGUGGAGCUGGCGAUGGCGCUGCUGCAGGUGCUGUCGUGCGCGCCGGCCGAGGAGGACCUGUACCGCGCGUGCGGCGCCCUGGCCCGCCUGGCCGCGCGCUGCGCCGACGUGCCGCCGCUGGUGGCGCUGGUGGGCCCGCACCCCGCCGCCUUCAGAGGCACGAGUCCCCGCGUCGACGAACAAAUAGAUCUGAUCGUGAAGUACAUCAAGUAGCCGGUAGUUGGCGCGCGUCGACACGCUGCAGACGAGGUGCCGCGUCAAAGAUUGUUCAUUAAUUUUAUUCCAAUUGUUAGAACGUAAACGUCGUGCGAACAUCUCAUGUAUGCGUAAGGAACUCAAAAUAAAUUAGUAGAAAAGUUUAAGUCAAUAUUUUAAUCAAUUAAAACAUGAGCCGGCAGCCGCCCGUUUGCCCGCCCGCCGCGCGUUCGUUCCGCUUCUCCCGAUAGUUGACGGCGCGCGGAACUUCAAAUAAAAAUACUGGAUUAAAAUUUAUAUGAAGGGCGGCGCGAUACACAGGGCGACACCCCGCACUGCGCAGACAGUUUUAUUUUUUAUUUGAAGUCUCUCUUGUUUUGAGAUAAUUAUAGGUUUCCGAUUUAUUCGGCACUUUAUCGCAAUUGUCACAAGUGGCCCGCGCCGGCGCCGGCUCGUCGCCCGCUCGUCUGCUGUAGGCGGGUAAAACAUCACUUCUUGCUUUCAUUGAUAUUUUGAUCUAAGGUUCUUUUUAAAAGUUUUUUUUUUGUUUUUUAACAGCUUCGACGUUUCUUUGUAAAUAAUGUAACACUAGAAAUUAUAAUAAUUUAUUGGUUAAGAUUUCUAGAUUAAGUACCUGAAUUUAUCGUACGGUUUGGUUUCAUGAACACGUUUUAUGUAAUAAUAAAUAACCAACACAAUUUA